AAUUAAACAUGACACAUUAUAAGAGCUAACAAUUCUACUCCCAGAGAAAUGAAAAUAUGUCCACACAAACAUUUGUGUGUGAAUAGCAGCAUUAUUCACAAUUUUCACAAUUUUCAAAAGGUGGGAAAACUCAAAUGUCUACCAACGGAAGAAUGGAUAAUCACACCGUGAUAUAUCUAUACAGUGGAACAUUAUCUCACCACAAAAUGAAUGAAGUACUGACACAUGCUUGAAAACAUGCUAAGUCAAAGAAGCCAGUCAUGAAACUCCAUAUAUUGUUUUAGUCCAUUCAUAUGGAAGUCCAGAAGAGGGAGUCAGAAAGAAAAUUAGUGGUUGAUGAGGGCCUGGAGCGUGAGGGAUGGGAGAAUAAGGGGGUGAUAGAGCUGAAGAGUGUGGGUUUCUGAGUAUUGAAAAUGUUCUAAAGUUGACUGUGGUGAUGGAUCCCUUAUUCUGUGACUAUAAAGCCACUGAAUUAUACACUACAAAUGUACAGUAUGUGAAUUAUAUCUCAUUAAUUAUUUUUAAAAGAAUAAAACAAAUUGUUUGUAUCACAAUAACGUUUUUUUUUAAAAAGGGAUCCAAAAGCUUAGCAAGGCAUAACCUUGAGAUCUUCCUAUUCAGAAAAUAAUUUUCCAUUAACUUGAAAACUGCAAAACCUCACAGUUUUCAGGCUUGGGUGUUGGAAAGAGGAAUAUGUAAUCUACUUUUUAACAAAGUGUUGGUUCAACACUCUCUUUAGAACCAUCACUGAUUGCAGUUGUGCAGCGUCCACUCACUUGUAGUUCUCUAAUAUGUACCAAGAAAAAUAUGUACUUGUGAAACUGUUCCAAUGUCAUUUUGAAAAAAAAUUGUUCCAAAGUGUAUGUCGUUUUUAGCUUAAUAUUAAUUAAAUUAUUUAAUCAUUACACUUCAACAACUUUGAACAGUGAUGUGACAAUUUGCUCAUUGUACUUCUUCUGUGUAACAACACAGAGUUUUAUCUGAACACACAAAAACCACAUGAAACUAAAACUCAGUGUUUAACAUUACGGAACACAAUUUACUCAAUUUAUUCUAUGUAUUAGGAGAAUCUUGCAUCCAAUGUUAAAUCAGAAAAUGUAAGACUUAGUGAGAACGCAUGGUGGCGCUGCAGGUUAAAGGAUGGAAAAUAGAAUUGCCUACGUAACUCCGGUAUACACACAGUUUCACACUGCCUGGAAGCUAACGAGCAGCUUCCUCAGCCAGAGCAAAAGUGAGUGUGAAACCUCUUUAAAAACUGUAUUUUCGGCGUAGUUUUGCCGUUCCGGACGGCAGGACCGGGCUGCUAGUACCUUGGGCAUACAUAUAUGAAGCUCCUGUGACCAAAUUUUCAGGAAAGAGCAAUGGAGAUUGGAUGGAUGCGCAAUCGGAGACAAAGGCAAGUCCUUAUUUCCUUUGUUUUGCUGAGCAUGUGUGGGGUGGGCGCCGACUUAGGGCCCUAUUCAGUAGUGGAAGAAACAGAGCGGGGAUCCUUUGUGGCAAAUCUGGGAAAAGACUUGGGAUUGGGGCUGACGGAGAUGUCCCGCCGUGGCGCCCGGAUCAUUUCUCAGGGGCGCAGAGAGCACUUGCAACUCAAGCUGCAGACGGGGGAUUUGCUCACAAGUGAGAAACUAGACCGAGAGGAGCUAUGCGGUUCCGCGGAGGCUUGUGUGCUACAUUUCCAAGUGCUGAUGGAAAGCCCCUUGGAGAUAUUUCAGGCUGAACUGAGGGUGAAAGACAUCAAUGACCAUUCUCCCGUGUUCUCUGAAAGAGAAAUGAUUCUAAAAAUACCGGAAAACAGUCCCCUAGGAAUGGCUUUCCCCCUGAAUAAUGCUCUGGACUUGGAUGUAGGAAGCAACAAUGUUCAGAACUACAAAAUCAGCCCCAACCCCCAUUUUCAAGUUCUAACCCACAAUCGCAGCGAUGGUAGAAAAUACCCGGAGCUGGUGUUGGACAAAGAGGUGGACAGGGAGGAGGAGCCUGAAAUCGCAUUAACACUCACAGCGCUGGAUGGCGGCUCUCCGCCCCGGUCUGGGACCGCCCAGGUGCGCAUUGAAGUGGUGGACGUCAACGACAACGCCCCUGAGUUUGGGCAGCCGCUCUACAAGGCGCACAUUCCUGAGAGCAGCACCGUGGGCUCCCUGGUUGCCACCGUCUCUGCCAGCGAUUUAGACAGCGGAGUCAACGGCAAACUAGUGUACUCGCUCUUUCGGCCUUCAGAAGAUACUAGCAAAACUUUGGAGGUAAAUCCUACAACAGGAGAAAUUCGAUUGAGAAAACCAGUAGAUUUUGAAACAGUUCGGUCUUAUGAAGUGGACAUCAAGGCCACUGAUGGGGGAGGUCUUUCAGGAAAAUGCACUCUUUACCUGCAGGUGGUGGACGUGAAUGAUAAUGCCCCAGAAGUGACCAUGUCUGCCCUGACCAGCCCCAUCCCAGAGAACUCUCCUGAGAUGGUAGUUGCUGUUUUCAGUGUUUCAGAUCCUGACUCUGGGGACAAUGGGAAGACUGUUUGUUCCAUCCAGGAUGGCCUCCCUUUUCUUCUAAAACCUUCAGCCAAGAACUUUUACACCUUGGUAACCAAGAGAGCACUAGACAGAGAAGAGAGAGCCCAGUACAACAUCACCAUUACUGUUACUGAUAUGGGUUCCCCCCGACUGAGAACGGAGCACAACAUAACCGUGCUGGUCUCCGACGUCAACGACAACGCCCCUGACUUCACCCAAACCUCCUACACCCUCUUCAUCCCAGAGAACAACAGCCCCGCCCUGCACAUAGGCAGCGUCAGCGCCACAGACAGAGACGCGGGCGCCAACGCCCAGGUCACCUACUCCCUGCUGCAGCCCCAGGACCCCAGCCUGCCCCUGGACUCGCUGGUGUCCAUCAACGCUGACAACGGUCACCUGUUCGCCUUGAGGGCGCUGGAUUUCGAGGCCCUGCAGGCUUUCGAGUUCCUGGUGGGCGCCACAGACCGCGGGUCCCCGGCGCUGAGCAGCCAGGCGCUGGUGCGCGUGCAGGUGCUGGACGCCAAUGACAACGCGCCCUUCCUGCUGUACCCGCUGCAGAACGGCUCUGCGCCCUGCACCGAGCUGGUGCCCAGGGCGGCCGAGCCUGGCUACGUGGUGAGCAAGGUGGUGGCGGUGGACAGCGACUCGGGCCAGAACGCCUGGCUGUCUUACCAGCUGCUCAAGGCCACAGAGCCCGGGCUGUUCAGCGUGUGGGCGCACAAUGGCGAGGUGCGCACCGCGCGGCUGCUGAGUGAGCGCGACGCGGCCAAGCACAGGCUGCUGCUGCUGGUCAAGGACAAUGGCGAGCCGCCUCUGUCAGCCAGCGUCACGCUGCACGUGCUGCUGGUGGAUGGCUUCUCGCAACCCUACCUGCCGCUGCCGGAAGUGGCGGCCGCCGAGGCCCAGACUGACCCGCUCACGGUCUACCUGGUCAUCGCGUUGGCGUCAGUGUCAUCGCUCUUCCUGUUCUCCGUGCUGGCGUUCAUCGCGGUGCGGCUGUGCAGGAGGGGCAGGGCUGGCCUGGUGGGUGGCUGCUCCGUGCCUGAGGGCCACUUUCCGGGCCACCUGGUGGACGUCAGCGGUACUGGGACCCUGUCCCAGAGCUACCAGUAUGAGGUGUGUCUGAAGGGAGGCUCAGGGACCAGUGAGUUCAAGUUUUUGAAGCCGAUUCUCCCUAAUAUUCAGGAGCAGGGCUUUGAGAGGAAUAAUGGAGAAACCCCUGCCUUUCAAAAGAGCUUUGGAUUUUAAUUUUCAGUAAAAAUUCCUUUUCUAUUUACAUGUACUUUUGAAGUGUUUUACAACCAUAUAAAUAUUAGUGUACUUUUAAAACUCCAAAUUAAAUUAUUAUGCCUAAUUUUAAAGUACUAUAUAUCUAUGUUUUUUCACUGGUAUUUCAUAAUUUUUGCAUUAAUCAACAUUUAGAUCAAAUAGUACCCAUUUCUAAAUAAUCGUUUUAAGGUUUAAUUCUUUCAAAAUGUACAAUGAUUUAGUUAUUAUUUUUUUCAUUCUGGAGAACUGAGGGUUUCAUUUUUCUGGUAGUAUAUUUCACAGACUGUAUCUCAUUAUUCUAUCCACCUCUCUAUUGUACUUCCUCUAUGUAAGAAGACAUACAUACCCUUCUGACCUUAUCCCAACCUCAUGUUUAAUCAUGAUAGAAAUCCAUGCCAUCUCGUUUUAAAUCAUAGCAUUUAAAAAAGUAUUUCUCCAUUAUUCUGCUCAUGAUAAAAUAAAAUAUCAUUUUGUAAGUGAUGUUGGGCCUCAAUAACAUUCUUGUUUAUAUUAUUAUUCCUUUAUAUAUAGUACUUUUACUCAGUAUUUUCAAAUGUUCACUUUUACUGAUAUGUGAAACAGAACAUGUCUUAUAAUUAAAGCAAAGUGUAAUAACCUGCAUGAAAAUUAUUACAAAUGAAUCAUUUUGGAAGUUUGAAUUUGAGGCUAUUGGUGGACUGAUGGAAAGAUAACUUUCCUUUCACUGGAUUUGUAAAUGUAUGUAAUUACUGUCAAACUUAAAAAUCAAGGUGUACUAAAAUCACAAAGAAAUACAAUAGAUUCUUUUUGCCUCCAGACACCUUCUGUGUGUGGUUUCUCUAGAACUGAUCUCAAUGUUUCCAAGUAAUAUGUUUCUAUUGCCCUAU